AUACUGCAACAGCUGAGCAUGAUAAACGUCGCAUGAUUCAGGUUAAACAUAAAUACUUGGAUCGCUAUACUGAUUAAGAGAAUACCCAGGUUUUUAAUACAUUUUGGAAAAAAAAUCUAAAUCUAGCAAUUUGAACAAGAUGAGCGAAGAAGUCGGUCUGGUUUCUACGGAGGAAGCCACUGACGUAGAGCCGCAGGAUAAAAGCAAUGAGAAACUUCUUAAGUUACCCUUCUCCAAAAUCCGGACAAUUAUGAAGCUUGAUCCUGAUUUUAAUGGAGCUUCAGUAGAGGCAGUAUUUCUCAUCGCAAAAGCCACGGAACUUUUCAUCGAGGCAUUGGCGAAGGAGACCUGUAACUUUACUCAGCAAAACAAAAAAAAAACUGUGCAAAAGAGGGAUGUAGAUUCUGCUGUGGAUUCUGUUGAAGCGUUUAGCUUUCUGGAAGGAUGCCUUGAGUAGACGUAAGCAAAGAUUUUAUAGUACUUUUGUUUCGGUAGCUUAAUAUGAGUAAUAAACAUGACUAUCUAUUUAAAAAAGACAAUUUUUUUGGCGUAUUCACUUUACCUUUAUUAUUAAUGCCACUUGCUAUUCAGGCGGCAUUAAACGGUGAUAGCAUAGCAGGCUAUUUACGCAAAGAAAAUAUAUAUUUAGAUUAUACGACCCCGUCAGUUGGCUGUUGGAUUAGCAAAAGCUCUGUGCUAGAAAUGGUAGCACCUAAUGUCUUGUACUGGAAUUCUCUGUUUAAAUAAAAUAAUAAUAAUUUUUCAAUAAAAAAUCGAACAAUAGCAAUGAUUUAUAAUAAUGAUAACGACUCUAUAGUUGGAAUUUAAUUCGAAAAUGAUAGAAACUCAAUUUUUUUCUCCGACAGGUUCUGGGUUUGAAAAUAAUCUCAAUUGGCUUAAUAGCACAACGACUUUUUUGCAAGGUCUUUUUAGAUGCUGUUUUAUUUUUUUUAAGUUGUGCUUCGUAUUGAACGAAGCUCCGACCGCGUACAUAGUCAUAUUUUUAAACGGAGCUAUUGCCACAGAUGGGUUAGUAUUGGAUCGGCUGUAGUUGAAUGUUAUUGUUGUUCUUUUAAAUAGCAAUAAUAAAUAAUUUUAGUAGUAGUUGAAUUUCAUAUCGUUGAAUCAUUGCCAUCGUACUCAGAGAUUCAAGUUCCUCACAGACACUCUGAGAGACCUCGAAUUUCUUUUCGGCUAUCUUUAGCUAGCUGGAGAAUUCUCUUGAUUAAGAGCAUUCACAUUAUCCUCUUAUAUGUGUAUAUUUUUUUUAAGGCAUGUAUAUUAUAACUGGCGUGCAUCGCAACUUGGCAGCAGUGUUUGCUUAGACGUUAUCAAUUAAAUAGUGUAAAUCUUCCUGUGCUAAAAGUUAUAUGGUAACGUACGCAGACGGAAUGGUUGCCUUUCAUCACCAUAUCUAUAAUAGUUCGUUCGCAACUGCAACGUAGCUUAGCCCUGUCAGAGCAUACUUCAAAAAUGGUAUCCAACUUACCUGUAGGCUUAAAACCUGCAACCAUAAAAAUGCAAAAAGGUUUUCUAUGAAAAACGAUUUUGAAUACUUACCCCCAAUCCUUUUAGUUAGCUAUCUUGUAGUUUUUGGAAGCGAUAGAAGGUGGCUCCAACAAAAGAUAGUUUUUUUUUCUUAUUUCGCUGUAUCAUAGAAAUAUAUUUUAGAUUAAUAUUAAUCUAACAAAACACAAAAAAACAUGUGUUUAUAUUUCAAGGGACGUUUUCUUUCCUUGGCUUCUUUUCUUUAUUAACUUUGACUUAUUUUGUAGAAGCCACCUUCCCUUUGUCGGUACCAAUCUGACAGCUGAAUAGGGUUACAUAGAUAGUUCAGAACUUUCAGAUGAUUUUCUUCUAUCUCACUCCUGUUGUCGUCGUGCAAUUGAAUUCGUGCCACCCUCGAGCACGACGACAACUCUUCAGUCUCUAUCUGACUAAACGUUCCACAUUGCCUGCGCGCUAGAUUCGCCGCUAUCUUGUAGACCAUGGUGUUCAAGAUCCUCGUCCUAGGCAUCUCGCAUUGAAUUCGCAGACGCUUUUCAUUUUGUUGCAUUCUUCAUCCUUUUCCUCUCACUCUAUUUUCGCCUCGGCCCUCUCUUCUUUACCAGAUCUUCCAACGUACCCAUCUGCGCUUGUCCUACCUAGUCUAGUUUAUGAACCUAUCUAGCCGUCCCGUUGUUGUUAAUAUCUUCAAUUAUUAAUUAGCUGUAUAUCGUAGGGUCGCUUAUUGCGACAUGAUUAUAACAGUACAGAUUCAUGCCAUGGAUAGUAAUGUUUUCGUUUUUGUUGGAACAAUUCAGCGACUAAUACUGAACAUCCGAUGCAAAUUUCGAACGUUCUAUUAGCCGAGAUUCCCUUGUCAGUGUGAGAGACGUUUAGUUUUGAAUCAUUAUAGGUGCCUAGUUUUGCUAUAUACUCUAGUUAGGUUUUGUUUGAUGUUUUUUUUUUAUAACCGACGUUGAUUUCUCGAACCUUCAAUCAUCACAAUAAUUUGCAGUUAAUCAGUUAUUGGCGCGUUAU